UUUUUUUACUGGUGUCAAUGUACUCCAGAAUGUCCUAAUAAUUAGUACUAAGAAGUAGUUGGGUUAUAGUUGUUCUUAGAGAAUGGCGGCAAGGGAGAGUAGUCCAAGAAUGUCAGGAAAGAGAGAAAGCCCUUCUCCUGAGAGAAGAUUCCCUCCAUAUCGUGGGAAAAUCGUCACCGACUCCGUCAAUUCACGAAUGAAACGGCCAAAAUUAUUCUGCGAGACCUGUAAAGUGGACAUAAUCGGGGGCUCCACUGAAAUAGAGAAACAUUUCAGUCCCAUGCACAAACAUAAUUCUCUGUGCCCUGAUUGCGCUGGCAAAGUCUUCAAUUAUAUCGAGAUCAAUCACACACACGAUGGAGUCCCCACUUUAAAGGAACAUGCAUACCACAUGUGCCUUAAGCAAUAAUUAAUUUAGAUGAAUUAUUUGUUACAUUCCAGUUAUGGAGGGGUUAAAGAAUCUCAACCUAGGAAUCAUAUUUUAUAUAUUUUUGUUGAGUCAUGAUCAUCAGCUCAGAAAAAAUCGGAGAGACCGACCUUGCCCCAGUUUUUUUAAUACGA